AGGUGAGCUCCCCAACAGCCACUGUUCACGAUGGAGGCCAUCAAGAAAAAGAUGCAGAUGCUGAAGUUGGACAAGGAGAAUGCUCUGGAUCGGGCAGAGCAAGCUGAAGCCGAGCAGAAGCAGGCAGAAGAAAGAAGUAAACAGCUGGAAGAUGAGCUGGCAGCCAUGCAGAAGAAGCUGAAAGGGACAGAGGAUGAGCUGGACAAGUAUUCUGAAGCUUUGAAGGAUGCCCAGGAGAAGCUGGAGCUGGCAGAGAAGAAAGCAGCUGAUGCUGAGGCUGAGGUGGCCUCCUUGAACCGUAGGAUCCAGCUGGUUGAAGAGGAGCUGGACCGCGCUCAAGAGCGCCUGGCCACUGCCCUGCAAAAGCUGGAGGAAGCUGAGAAAGCUGCUGAUGAGAGUGAGAGAGGUAUGAAGGUUAUUGAAAACCGAGCCUUAAAAGAUGAAGAAAAAAUGGAACUCCAGGAAAUCCAACUUAAAGAAGCUAAGCACAUUGCAGAGGAGGCAGACAGGAAGUAUGAAGAGGUGGCUCGUAAGUUGGUGAUUAUUGAGGGAGACUUGGAACGCACAGAGGAGCGAGCUGAGCUGGCAGAGUCUAAGUGUUCUGAGCUGGAGGAGGAGCUGAAGAAUGUCACCAACAACCUCAAGUCUCUUGAGGCUCAGGCGGAGAAGUACUCUCAAAAAGAAGACAAAUAUGAGGAAGAGAUAAAGAUUCUUACUGAUAAACUCAAGGAGGCAGAGACCCGUGCUGAGUUUGCUGAGAGAUCAGUAGCCAAGCUGGAAAAGACAAUUGAUGAUUUGGAAGAUAAACUGAAAUGCACCAAAGAGGAGCACCUCUGUACACAAAGGAUGCUGGACCAGACUCUGCUUGACCUGAAUGAGAUGUAGAGCACCCCAGUCCCAUCCUGCCGCUGCUCCUCCCUCUGACCCCGACUCCGCUGAGGCCAGCCUGCCCGAAGCUGACCUUUAAACUGAGGGCUGAUCUUUAACUGGAAGGCUGCUUUCUCCUUUCGCCACCUCUCCCACCCCCACCCCUGUGUCCUUUUCGCCAAACUGUCUCUGCCUCUCCCCAGAGAUUCCAUUUGGGCUAGAGGCUGAGCACCUUUGGGAACAACGUUUAAGGGAAUGUGAGCACAAUGCUAAGUGUCUUUAAAAGCAUGUUGUGAUGUACACAUUUUGUAAUUAUCUUUUCUGUUGUUGUUGAUGUAGCAGCCAUUUGUAAAACAUUCCAGAUAAUUCCAUAGUUUUGAAGCAGCAGUCUAAUCCCUUUCUCACUUUUGGAAGGUAACUUUUCAGCUUAAUGCAUAUUGCCCUCUCCGUAGAGGAGGGGAAAAGGUAUGGGCCUGCCUUACUGAGAGCCAAACAGCCCAGAGAAGGACUCCAUUUUGGGAAACCUUAUUGCUCUGUAAAAAGUACCCGCCAAACCAGAAAGGUGAUUCCAGAAGGAGUUAGCCAAAAAAAAAAAAAAAAAGCUCUGUUCAGGUUUUCAGCUUUACGGUAUCUUUGGGCAACUUUUUUUUCCAUCAGAAGUGACCAGAUGAAAUCAAGAUGGUGAGACCUCUGAGACCAAAUCCUUGUCCCAGCUCUACCCUGUUCCCAACCGCUCACAGAAUGGAUCAUGUGCCCCUUAUUUUGAGGCGACCACUUAUUUGCUCUCCCGCCUCCUUGAAAGAAAGGAAAGAAAAUUAUGUUUUACCACUGAUUUAGCCAUAUGAAACUCAUCUCAUCACCCUUUUCUGGGUCUGAAGCUGCUGUCUCUAAAAGUGCCAUCUCAUUGUGCAUUGUAUCAGUUAGUGCUGGAGAAAUCUUGAAUAGCUUAUGUACAAAAUUGUUUUUAAAUUUUAUAUUAUUUUGAAACUUUGCUUCUUUGGGGUUGGGGCACACUGGUCACCCCAUCUGGCUGUGAGAGCUCUCUACAGUCUGGGCUGGCAGUGUGCUGAUCUUUUAAAGUUUCUUUCCCUACCCAAUCCCCCCUUUUUGGUGAGGUUUCAGUGAGGUCAGUUAGGUGUGCAUCCUACAGCUUAAUUGGCUUAAAAUGUACUCCCCUUUGGUGUGGUCUCUUUGGGGGCCGAUUGGGAGAAAGAAAAAACAAUAGUGUAACUGUUUUGAUACUGAACAUUGAUAAAUGUCUUUUUGAAAUAAAGAACCAGUCCCUCCAA